UAUGUAUUUCACUGAUGUCUGUGCUCUAUUGCUGCUCUACCAAACCGUCUGUUCCCUCAUUGGAAUGCAUUCCGGCUCACCCUGCCCCACUUUAACCGCUGGUGGUGAGUGGAGCGAGAGAUGUGAUGAACCAUUCUCUUCUGUGUUCAUCAGGAGACGGAGGCACCAUGAAGUGGCUCCUGGUCACAGCGUUCAUCUCCCUCCUGCCUGUAACAUCUGCUGUGAAGCUGCAGCUCUUCCUGCCGGAGAGUGUGGAUGUGACGGAGGGAGAGAACGUGACUUUUCCCUGCUCAUUCUCCUCACCACCGACCAUCUCGAGUGGCCUCUACAUCACGUGGCUCACGAUGCCCACAGGCUACAUAAUCUAUGACUCGCAACUCGGGAAUCCCUGGCUUGGAAUAGCUGAGUUUACGGGAGACAAGGAAAAGGGCGACUGCUCCCUCAUGCUCCUCAACGUCUCCAGGACCCUCAGCCCCGUGUUUAAGUGCGAUGUCAUUUGUACAAGCUGUGGGACGAUCAACUGGAAGGUGGAACGAGAAGUGAAGCUGAACGUGACGGCUGCAGCUCCACAGUCACGCGGGGAGACGGUGGAGACGGUGGCAGCGGUGGUGAUGGUGGUCAUAGUUGUGGUGGGCAUGAUCCUGGCAUCUACGGCUGUCAUCCUCUUCAUCAAGAGACACCCUUGGUCGUCUUGGAGCUCCCCCCGCUCACUCAGUGGCGAUGGGCAAGCAGACGUGCACGGUGAUGUGGAGGAGAAUGGGCAUCCACUGAUGAUGGUGAAUGGACACAAGGAGGACAACGGAUACAAAGGCAUGGACACUGUUUGAAGAAAUCUUCUGUGGGCUCCCCUGUGACCACCCUGGCCAGCACGUAGAGCCACUCUUACCCACAGUACCAUGCGGGAGUGCAGUGCUGACUGCCUGUGGUUCAUGAGCUGAUUGUUUCCAGAUCGUGCUUUUGACAUCUCUCUCCCUCACUGUGACUCUCCACACUCCUCUUUGGCCACUUCAAAUCUCUCACCGCUAAAUUCCACACGAUCCAGAAUUGUACUGCUGCCUCCCAUCACAGCUUCUGUAAAUUAAACUUCAUCAUCCCAAUCCUCAGAUCCCCCCACUGGCUCCGAAUCCGGUCCCCAAUCGACUGAGACAUCGCACUCUGCACCGACACGACCCUCCAUAGACUCUCCGCUACCUCUCAUCCAUCUGUUCAGGGCGUCCCCAAUAUAUGUCGGGGUUCGGGACCGAAAAGUGGCGACUUAUAACGAAACAAUGUAUAGCAGGGAUUUUUCCUUUAUAGGGAUACUACGUGUUAAUGGAGGGGAGAUAGGGGCCGUAAGAGCAUAAACUUUGCCUAUGCGAUGCAAAGCGAUGCAGUUUCUCCCAUACGAAACAAUGAAAUAAGGUAGGGAAAGAGACCGUACCUUAGGGAAAUGUGUUGUGUUUCAUACUUAGCAACCAAAAUACGUACUUUACAUGUCCAACUAGGAACUCUAUGUGUACAAAACUUUACAACACGACGUACACACAUUUAUAACCAAUUCUGAGUUAAAGAAUCGCUAAACAGCAUUAAAACUUAUAAAACACUUGAUUGAAAACCAACUUCAUUAGCAUUUCGAAGCAGCCCUCUACACUUUAUUUUCUUAACAGAAAAACGAAUGUGACAUUUUAAAGCAAAGACUCGAGCAGAAAACAAUUUUAGUGGAAAAAAAGCACUAAAUCAUGAACAGCAUUAAAAAAGAAAGAUGUUACCUUCACCUACAUUUUUAAUGAUCUUCGCCUGAGUAGUGAAUGAGUUGUGUUGAAGGGUUGCACCGAUUACAACGAGCACUCGUAGCUACAUACGCCACGAUGGCACUGAAGGUGGCAGCACAUGCGUGAGUUGUACAGUACGUCUACACUCACCCCCCACUCAGAAGUGAGUUCAGCUGAGCCAAGUUGAAAUCAAUUAUUCAAAAUCGAUAAUCGUCACCGGUGUUGGCCGCGAACGGGAAUCGAAGUCGGGUCGCCGGGCUCGGAGCGAAGCGCUAACCGCCACGUGAUAACCGCUGUGCACCGACGCACAAUGUGUUUGACUUGGCUCAGCUGAACUGAGUUAAAACGACGUAAUGACAUGUUUAUAUACAUGUGUUUGCGUGUGUGUGUACGCAGGGAAAUGUUACGUUGCGUUCCUCAACAGACUCCAGAAGUUCCCUCCUUUCUCUCUGUCUCUCCCCUGUGUCUCUCCUCACCUGGGCUGCACCACCGCUGUUUUCCUUCUCUCCUGAGCUCCAUGCAGAUUCCCUACAGCCCCUUCCUGCUCUACUGAAUGUGUCAGCAUUGUGCGUCUGUAUGUGAACCUGAGCCAAUGUGCGAGUUGUGUGUACAAGUGUGAGCGAAAGGAAAGGGGUGGUAAGUCGUGCAGUCUGAAUUGUGUGUGGUUUGAAGGGACCAGAAUCAGUGCAUGCAUCGUAAACGCAAUGCACAGGUCUGACUCAAAGGGUUCCUGCACUGGGAAUGUUUGACACAUUUUGUCACUAAUUAUUUUUGUACAUGCCUUAAACUUGCCACAAAUUAACAUAUAUGUACAUUGUAUUUUUACAACUGGUAAACGAUCUCACUCACCCAUGCUGUGUUUAUUUAUUUAUAUGUAUUAUUAUUCAGAAUAUGCGUCUUGUGCUGUUGUAAUGUAUGCAAUGUCAUGGUGAUUGUUAUGAUUACUAGUGUUACUUCGAAUUUGUUGUUUGCACAGGAAAACUAUUUUAGCAAAGGCGUUUCUAUUUCUCUUUUUGCAAUAUUUUAUCGAAUGUUAUUCCUCGCUCUAGAUGCACUAUUUUGCGAUGUUUCUUGAAUCUUAAUGUUCAGUUUUGUUUAUUUUUACGCGACCUGUUGCAAACGUUAUGUUUUUAAUUUGACAGUGUUUCUGUUUUGUUGAUGAAACCCGAUUCAAGAGCUUCUUAGCUCACAGGGCAAUUCUAGAAAAAACUGUUUAAAAAAAAUAAUAAACUGUAAACUAUUUACGGUUAGGAAGUGGUUCCUGACCUCUAGAUCGCAGUCCAUGGCAAUCCACAAGGCCACACAUAGUCAUCCUUUUGUUACUGCAAGUUCUUUCUCACGUGUAGAGGGUUGGCAGUGAACGUGGGUCUAGAAAGGGUGGGGACCACUGGUCUGGAAGAUCCAUAAUUUCAGUGACAGAUAGCCAUUGUUUUAGACACCUCAUGUAUUAAAUAUUUAGUAUUAGGAAAUGUCUUUAAGGUCCAUAUUUUGUAUUCAUGGUUGUAAAUAUUGUUUUAUGAAAUCUGUAUAUUGCAAACAUUGUCUAUUUUUAAAGCAUUGGUGUAGAAAAUCAAUGAUUUAGAAUAUUUGCAAUGAGAAAAAAUGUAAGACUUGUACCUUUAUUUCGGGAUAUGGUGAUCAUUUUCGACC